AUGGACACCUUCAAUGUGCCUCAUCUCAAGGGAAGAGUGGGAACCAUUACGCAGCAAGUUCAGCCGACAUACAUCGUGGCAACAUCCAGUGACCAAGCUAGCAAGUUGCUUGCGACGUUGAGUCCCACUUGGACACGAGUGCUGUCAUGGCGUCAUGGCAGCAGUGGCAGUGGCCAGCUGCGUGACGCCACGAUGUGGUGCGGCUCGGAUUGGCAACUCACGGCAACACUGAUUGCAGAAUGA